AAUAAAUCAAAUAAAAAAAUAUUUCCACUUUACAACAAUGUGCUACUUUGUGUUGGUGUAUCACAUAAAAUAGGUUGAAUAUGGGUUGAGAUUGUAUUGAAAAAAAAAUUGAAGAUGUCAAGGGGUUUGAAGGUUUUUAAAAACAGAUUUAUACUGUAUGCAAUUUAUGAAACAGAAAAAGGGAAAUUUACAUUUAAUUCAGGAUGGUAGCGGUGCAGUAGAUGGUUGAAUUACAUAAGUAGUACAAUAACGUAGGCUUAAUGUGAAAUAUAAAGUGAUAUAACAAUCAUAACACACCACCCCUGCACUGGCAGUUGACCCUAAAACGAAAUCUCGCGAUAUCUAGUACGAGAUUACAGCGAAGGGAGGGCUGCUUGGAGAGCUAAAAAGACAAAACAAAAGCCCCACAUUUCAAGUAACAGGCGCUGGUCGCUUUUUUAUUUUAUUAUUUUUUUCUUAACUAAAAACAGUAUCUCGUAUCAUUUUCAAUUUAAAGGCAAUAUUAAGAAGGUUUUGCAUGAUGCCAAGUAGCACGUCUUUGUUGGAGGCCGAUGAGGGAGAGUCCGAGGUCCCACCGCCGCUGGUGCACGCUUUCGCCGGUAUGGGCCUCGACGAGCACCAAGGCAGCCAGAGCCAGACUCCUGAACAGUCAGACGAGAGUGUUUCUUUUCAUCAUCAGCUCCCAGCAGUAACCCAUUUCAGCAUCCUCGGUACGGUCCUUGACUUGAAGCCUCUUCCGCUGUAUCGGCCGCCCUCGGGGGAUGAAGCGAACAAAACGGCAGAGGACGAAGAGCUCGAAGGGAUAGCGGCCAGUUCUUCUGGCUCGUUGCUGGCAAAGGCCCAUCGCCAUCAGCACCUCCCAUCGGGGCAGAGCGGUACCGUGAUGGAACCGCCGCAUGUCGAGACGGUAUUGUUGUACAACGGAGACGAGCGGGAUGAUAGCGGCGGCAGCAGCUCUCUACCCCCGGCCGGGAGCAUGGUGAUGCUCCCACACGGUGUGUACGGGGACUCGGGGUACGAGGCCGAACAUUCGCUCCUGACCCGGAGAAAGAGCGUCAACACGACCGAGUGUGUGGCAGUGCCUAGCUCCGAGCAUGUCGCCGAGAUUGUUGGCAGGCAGGGCUGUAAGAUCAAGGCACUUCGAGCCAAGACGAACACCUACAUAAAGACACCAGUGAGGGGAGAGCAGCCCGUCUUCGUCGUGACGGGACGCAAAGAAGAUGUGGCCAUGGCUAAGAGGGAGAUUCUGUCUGCGGCCGAGCACUUCUCCCUGAUCAGAGCCUCCCGGAAUAAGACGGGCCCUUUGGCUGCUGUGACUGGUUUAGGGACCCCGGCUCUACCUGGGCAGACAACCAUUCAGGUGCGGGUUCCAUAUCGUGUCGUUGGACUGGUUGUGGGUCCCAAAGGAGCAACCAUCAAACGCAUUCAGCAGCAGACCCAUACCUACAUCGUAACUCCAAGUCGGGACAAAGAGCCGGUGUUUGAGGUCACGGGGAUGCCAGAGAACGUCGACCGGGCGAGGGAGGAGAUAGAGGCACACAUUGCCCUUCGAACCGGCAGCUGCGGGGGGGUCGAGGCUCCGGGCGUGGACAACAGUGAUUUCCAGUUCAACGGGACAGACGUCAGCUUUGAAACCUCUGCGCACCCCAUUGGUCUGGGGGAGGCCGGAUGGCUCCAUGCAGGUGCAUCAUCGCCAGGGGGUGGAAGCUUGUUGCCAGUCAGCAUCAGUGGUACUCAGCGGGUCAAUAGCAAUAUCAGCAGCGCUGUCAGGAUGUCUUCCACCUACCGCAACGACAGCUCCAGCUCUCUGGGCAGCGGCUCCAGCUCGGCCGAUUCUUUCUACGGCGGUGGGAACGGGAAUCGGAUGGCCGAUUUCAGCCCUACCUUCCCCUUCAAUGCCAACGCUAACAACAAUAACAACAGUACAAGCAGCAGCACAAGUUUCUGGUUUGGCGAUAGCCUUCUUGGUGUGGGGUCUGAAGAGCUCUUCAGCCUGGGAGGCGAAUUGUCCUCCUCAGGAAUUGAGCCGUUAACCAUUUCCACUGCCCAUACCUCGCAGUCCACUGCACCACAGCACAUCUGGAGUCCCUUUGUGGACCAGCAGUCACUUCAGGCCAUUGAUUCGCUGCAGUCCCAGACCAGCCAACCCGGCACCCCCCGUCUCUCUCCAACUUUUUCCGGGACCGAAGCCUUGGAGCACCCUCAGGCCCAGCGUGUUCACCAAAGGCCUUUCGGGUCAGCCGGCACCCUCGACGUCCACAGGAUCCCCUCUUACAGCUCGGCCUUCUCCUCCUCUAGUGAAAGCACCACCUCCUCCUCACCUCCCGAAUCCUCCUUCUCUUAUCGCCCGGCGCUUGGUUUGUCCGGGAGGGGGCAGGAGAUAUGCAUCCAGUGUAUGGAUAACCAGGUGAUCGCUGCAUUGGUUCCUUGCGGCCAUAACCUGUUCUGUCUCGAUUGUGCCACACAAAUCUGCCGGGGCCCAGAGGCCGUGUGCCCUGUGUGCCUGUCCCCAGCUACGCAGGCCAUUCAGCUGCGCAAUAUGUGAUUAUUUUUAAUCCAUUUUUCCUUGACGGUUGAUUCAGGGGACAGCCUCUCCUGACAUUCCUGGCUCAUAGAGAAUGUGUGGGACUUACAAAAAGAGACCCUGAAUCAGCGCCUAGGUAUUUCCUCGCCCCAGCUUUUUCCAGGCUGGUGUUAAUUUGACAAAGGUGCAGAGAGUAGGUGAAGUGGGAUAGAAAUGGGGUUUAUUUAGGGUAUGGGUUAGGGUGCUGAGCCCGUUCUUGUGCCUGCUAGUGUGAAGUCUUCUUGAUUGAAUAACAGGAGGGUUGGAAGCUCUCUAUGUAGCAUUGGGAGGGUUGGGACUUUUUUUUAAUUAUUAUUAUUUCUCUCAUCUUAAAUUUAGUUUUUGCUUAUCUUGAAGAAAAAAAAUACAUUUCCUCCUUCCUAUAAUUUUAUUUUUUUACAUCAAAGUAUAUUAGAAAGAUUUUUGGCUUUAGGGUCAACACUUUAUUUUUUCAUUUUUAACAUCUCAGACGUUUUAUCCCACAAGAAACUCCGAAAGAACAAGAAUCGAGCAUGUUUACUUACGACUUCAUAUCAACUACCAGUAUAAUACAAAGUGUGAGUGCAGCAGGAAGGGAGGCAAAUUCUCCCGCUCCUUUAAAAGGGUAUACGGCUUUCAUCGUUCCAAAUUAUAAAUCAGAUUUUAGCAUAAGUAUGAAGACACUCCCAAGGAGGGUUUUUAAAACCAAGUGGGUCAAAGAAUAACUGGAAAGUUUUCACACUCCAUAAGCAAUCUUUUAUUUUUGUUUUCUUAGACCACUUGGAUGUUCCGCGUCUUCAGCAUCGCCGCGUUGCUUUCCGAUUAUACUUUUACCAGUUUACGGUAAACUCGUGCCUAAUUCCCAACUGUCAAGGAAGGAUAUGAGUGGUUUUAGCUGACAUGGUGUCGCUCUCUUUUCAAAUGGACAUGUGGCCUUUUUUUUGGGGGGGGGGCUCUAAUUACCAUCACAACACUACCUACAAAAAAAUAAUCCUAAUCUCUGGGUCGAAAGAACACAAGGUGACAGGCGGAAGUAGUAACGUAUUUGUUUUUGGUUUCAUAACUACAUCUCAAUAAAACAAAGGUUGAGUCGACUAAUUUAUACUUUUUCUGUCCUCUUGUCAUUGUUUGUUUACAUCGUCGUAUGAGGAAACCACUUCCUGGUUUUUACCUUGAAGGGUAGGCACGUCUUUUGUAACAUUCCUCCUCCCUGGUAUCGUAUUAACUUUUUUUUUUUUUUCAUGUAGGCGAGGCUCGUCAUUCUUGAUGGAUAUAUCACUUGGGAGCAAAACUGGCAGAUGUUUCCAGCUGUGAUCUUGAACAAAUCCCAAUGAAGUACAAAACUGGCUGCUUUUGUUGUACUUGUUUUUUAAAGCCAUCUCGAGAAUCGUCUCUUUAACUUGAAUGUUGAUCUACUUGGACCGCUCCAUCCCACGGCUGUCCGGUUAAUUCCACUGAGAUGUGAAACGGAGAUGAAGGCCAUCCAUUGCUUUUUUUUUUUUUGCCCGGCCUAUGCAAAAAUCAUCUCAGUAUUUGAACCAGUCUAGGAGGAAGUAGGUAGAUAAAACUCUACAAAAACAGUAUAAGCGCCGAUCCUAAAAACAGUUGCCAUGCAAAAGCAUUCCUGCCCCAGAAACCUUUACAUUUAAUACUAUAAGAUCCACAUAUUUUCAGUUCCGAUUAUUGGGAUUUUUGGUGAUCGACCACAGGCAAGUAGCACAUAAUUGUGAGGAUGUUACACUGUCGUAUUUGUAUUCAGCCCUCAAAUCCACUUUUCAGCAGCUGCAAGUCUUCACACAUCUGCAGAGUAGGAUUUGUGCUCUUCCUUUGAAAAAUAGCUCAAGCUGGGUUAAUAAUCAUUUAUUACUACAGUUUCUCAGUUGGAUUUAUGACUGGGCCAUUCUAACACAUAAGGUUAAUAUGAUCUAAACCAUUCCACUGUAGCUCCAGCUCUAUGUUUAGUGUCACUGCCCAGUUUUUCGUUCAGGUUUUCCCGUUUUUUUUUUUUUUUUUUUUUGCUCCAUAUAUUUCCGACCAGCUUCUCUGUCCCCUUUGAAGAAAAGCAUCCCCACCCAUGAUGCUGCCACCACCAUGUUUCAUGGUGGGUAUGGUGUGUUGAAGGUGUUUUGCAUGUGGGCCAAAAACUUUAAUUUUGUUUGACCAGAUCACCUUGGUCCACCUGCUUUCUGUGUCCUGCUUAUGGUCUGUAGCAAACUGCGGAGGGGGCUCGGUUCUUAUGGUUGGUCCUUAAAGGUCAGAUUCGUGGUGUGUGCAAUAAUUGGUUUUCCUGUUGACAGAUUCUUUGCAUCUCUGUAUCUUCUCCAAAGUUACCAUUUGGCUGCUUCCUUGAAAAAUUCUCUCCUCAGUCAGCCUGUAUGUUUGCAGUAGUCUUUACAUUUUAGAUAAUGAACUUAAAUUGUGAUUUGUGAGCUGUUGACGGCUUGGCAUAUUGUUUUAUAAUGUAACCCAGCUUUUGACUUCUCCACAACUUCACCCCUGACCUGUCUGCCGUGUUUCCGGGUCGUCGUGAUGCUGCCUGUUCUCCGACAGCAGCUGUAUUUAGACUGAGAUUGAAUUGCACGGAUGUGGACCCUGCAGCUAAUUAAUUGCCUUCUAAAAGCAGUUGAUUACACUGGGUUUUAUUUAGGGGUAUUUGAAAAAGGGGGCUGAAUAUAAACUCCACACAACACUUCACCUUUUUAAAUGUUCAGAAAACCAUUCAUUUGUUUCCUUCCCCUUCUUUAUUCUGCAUGGCCUUCUGUUGGUCUUUCGCUGAAAAUCCCAAUAAAAUAGGUUGUGGUUUUAACGCAACAAAAUGUGAAAACUUUAAGGAGGUGUUAAUACUUUCGCAGGGCACUAAAAGUAUGUUUUCUGCUCGGUUCCAGCUGAAGUUCACCUAAUUUCCCGCUUCUCGUACGUAAAGAUGUUCUGUUUUGUCAGCUCAUUUUUCUUACAAUUUUGUGCACUACUAAGCACAUAGUUGUCACACUAUCGGGCAGUUAGGACAAACACAUUCUCUCGUUUCUUCCAUGCAUGGAUUUUAGUUCUUAUUUGUCCAUCAUUUUCACAAAGGUACAUACAUGUGGAAAACAUCUCAAGUAUUAGCUUUAAACACCAGUGUCUGUAGACUCUUAUAGGAAUCAGUUCAGACAUUUUGAAGUAAGGGGGAAGCAGCUGGAACGGUUUCACUACAUAAAGGUCAAUCCUGUAGCUUGCUUUCUUUUUGUGGACCGCAGUCCUUCUGGCAUUCCAGCUGUGAACAGUAUUCCAGACCCAUCGUGUUGCUUCAACCUUACAACUCUGCUCGUCUUCAUGGGUGGGUGAGCUUUCGUUUAAGAAAACGGAACCAAACGAGACCCAAAAGUGCAAAAAAACAAAAGAAAUCCCACCUCAUCUGCAUAUGUCUCCUCUCUUCUAUCCGUCCCAGUAAUUUUAAUUCUGUCGGCGCUACAAAGGAUUGAUCUUUUUAUUAAUUAUCUUCUUCUGUACGAGGGAAUGCAAUACCCGAUCGGCCCUCGGAUGAUCCACAUGAACCCCUUGACAUUUUUUUUCUUUUGUGUACUAUAUAAAAAUUACUGUUAAUGACUGAGAAAUAUACAGAUUUUUUUAUUUUGUUACAUUUCGUAUAUACAUAAAUAUAUAUAUCAAAAAUGUUUACAAUUAUAUUUUAAGUUUUUCUAUUUUUACCUUUUUUUUUUUUUUUUUUUUUUUGAGUGAUUUAGGCGGAUGAAGAGCUGGAAAUCCAGAGGAGAGUCUCAGUGCUAUCUGCUUGUAGUCUAGUUAGUAAUUUACAGUAUUGAUGAUGAUUAAUAGUAUUGAUAGCUGCUGUUAAACCUAGUUGAAAGUGGAAUGUGCAUCACAAGCAUGUCUUCAUCAUUUACCGCCAUUGUGGAUCUUCACUGCAACUGUAAAAAGGCCAAGGAUUCAAGCUGCCUGUCAUGUCUGUACACCACCAAAAAUAAGAGCGGUAUACUAUUAAGAUGCAUCUUCGAUUAUCUAUCUCUAAAUACAUAUUGUUCAAAGCUGUACCAACGGUUCAAAGUAUUUGGUAAUUUUACUAAACUUUUAUGUAUAUGUGUAGGAGGAGUCUUAAGGCAUAUAAAUUCUUCAAAUUAAGUCAGGCGUUUAAAGCAGACUAUAUUUUAUAAUGGCCUUUUAAGUUAUUGCGGCCAAAGCACUGAUAUUAUAUAUUUGCUGUAAAGAGAAUUUUAAGAGUUUUAUUUUUCUGAUAUUAAAGUUACGUAAUAAAGAUGGUUUCAUUUUAAGCCA